CAGUCGACUCUAGUCCGUCGAAUAGUCGUGCGUGUGUUAAAUUUAUCAAUUUAUAUUUACAUACACUAAACAAAUUUUUCUUAAAAAUAUUAUCUUUCUUCUCAAAAAAACUAGGAUUAUUUAUCAAUUUUUUGAGAGAACAAUUCUAUUAAAACAUAGAAAGAUUCGAUAAAAAUAAAAAAAAAAAAAAAAAAAAAACUGGAACAAUGGGUCACAAUAGACCAUCAACGAGAAAAAGAUUAUUUUUUUCAAAGAGGAUGGUGAAAAAGGGAAAAUUAUUACAAAAGUGAAAUUUUCUUCUAUUGACAUUAAUUUAUUUCAAUUGUAGAAUUAACUGUUACAUAUUUUUUGUUUAUUCAGUUUCUUCACUUAAAAUCUGUGUCAUAAUAACAAAGGACUAUUUUUUUUUUUUGGUGAUUUUCUAACGAUUUUGACUGAAAAAAUUAGUGUCAGUAUUUUUUAACGAAUGGACCUAAUGUGAUUUAUCUCUGGACAUUCGAUUUCGUGAUAAUUGUUACGAUUUUCUUUUGUUUUUUUUUUCACUCUCUCGUAAGAAUAGGUGUUUGUUUUUCAAGGGUGACAUCGUGGACUCGUUUUAUCUUUCGUGUGUGUUAAGUGUUAUUUAUCUAGAAAUUAUCUCGAGUUAUCUCGAAUUGAUCGUGUGGUACAUUUUGAAACGAAUGUGCGCCGUAAGGGAUGGACAAUAAUAAUUCAGGCAACGUGCUCGUCUUGCUUUGAAUUGCAUUUUGGCACAGCAUCCGGAAGGAUAAUUAUUGUCAAGUGAUUUUUUUUUGAAAAACAAUUUUUAUUUUCUAUUAUAAAUAGACUAUUUACAAUUAUUUUUUCAUUCUCUUGCUUUUUACAAUUUUUAUUAUAAAUAUAUAUUAUUUUGGAAUUUCAUUUAAAGAUUUUGAAAAUUCCCUGUAAUUUAAUCCGACUGCAAAACUGAUGACAUAAUCUUAUAUAAGACUGACUUUUCGCGCCAAAAAUCGUGCCAAAGUAAAACACAACCAGUAUUUAAAAAAAAAAAUAGGAUUUUUAUUGUUAUCGUUUGAUAUUAAGACUGUAAUAUAUUGAGGAAGUUUUUAUUGUAAAUUUUCUGAAAAAAAAAAAUCAAAAAUGUUCUUCGGAGGUAUAGGAUAUUCGAGUCAAAAUCAAAACAACCUUCAAUCGCCAACGAAAAUCAGUAUUUGGGGAAGUGCUUUAAGCCCAUUUAGAAACACAAAUAUGCCGCUACAGGACAUAACGAUGAAUCAAACUCUUCCUCUAGUCAAUGGGACAAGUGUAAAAUCGCCCGGGAAAGGCUCGUGGAAUCCAGGCAGUGGUACCGCUGGACCAGGAAGAACAAUGAAGGAAUAUGAGGAUAAACUUUGUACUUUACAAAAAGAAAAUUUUAAUUUAAAAAUCAGAAUCUAUUUCCUGGAGGAAAGAAUGGGUAUCACGUCUGCUGAUGAGGACGCUAUAAAGAAGAAUAUUGAAUUAAAAGUUGAGAUUGAAUCGUUGAAAAAAGAAUUGCUGGAAAAACAGGAACUUCUCAGUCAAGCGGCAACAGCUUUUGGAGUUAUUGAGGAACAAAAAGAAGCGUCUUCACGAAAUCAAGCACAGUAUCAAAUGUCGCUGGAGCAAGAAAGAGGAAGAAUCGCCGAACUCGAAAAAGAACUUCAAGAAUAUAGAGAAAGGUUGUCUGAUGGUUCAAUGUAUUAUAAAGAAUCUUUUGGAAUAUCUCCGGAAAUGGCGAUAGACAACGCAGAAAAACUACAACAAAUGGAAGAACUUAUUUCUUCCCUAGAGGCAGAGGUUAAACAAUUGGGAAGUAGCUUGGAGGAAGAGAGAAAUUGGGCUCAGGAGUUGGAAAUCGAGAGAGAUCAAUUAAAGGGACGUUUGGAAUCAGAACUCAAAAUAAGGGAGAAAUUAACAUCAGAAAAAGAACAAGAUAUCGAUGUUAUGCGAGAAAAAAUCAAGGAAUUAGAAGAGCAGGCAUUCAUGAAAGACAGUGUUGCGCAACAGUAUAAAAAUGAAUUAAUUGAGAAAGAAAGACUCAUUAAAGAAAAAAUUGCAAUUUUAGAAGAUAAAUGUAAAGCUUACGAGGAAUUGAGUUUAGUUUCUGAAAAGAGAAAAAAGCAAAUUGAUCAAUUGAGGCUUUCAGUUAAAUCAAGAGACGAUGCACUCACUGAUCUUAAUAAUAAACAUCGAGCUCUUCUCUCACAGUUUGAAAAUGGAUACACAAAACGAAGUUCACCUCCUCUCAGUCCAUCGGUAAUAAAUUCAUUCGAAGAUCGAUUUUCACCGAAAAAUAGAAGCCCUUGCAUUCAAAGUCCAACAAGAAGUACAAAUAGUUCAUUUGAAUGGGAAUCAAGUUCAGAUCGUUGUUCAAGAUUGAAAAGCCCGAUUCAAUCUUCGAGUUUCGGGAAUAGUGACAUUGAUAUUUUAACAAAAGAAGUAAAAGAAAGAGAUAGAGAGCUUCAAAGACAGGACACGGCGAAAAAGCAAUUAAUUUUAAAAUUGUGUAACGUACAACAAUCGGCGGAAAUUACGGAUUUGAAAUUAAAAAAAUUGGAAAUCGAACAUGAGAAGGCAUUAAAGAUGAUUCAAGGAUUUAUGGAGAGACAACAGCAAUUGGAGAGCAAACAAAUUAAAAAGGAUCGAAAAAUCAUGGACCUUGAAUUGGAAUUAACGAGGCUACGUGGUCCCGAUAAAUACGGAAAACCCGAAUCUUUCCGAAGAAAUUUGAGCAAUGAGAUGUCGGAUAAUCCCGAAAGAGACCACAGUAAUCAGCAACGUUUUGAUGAAAUGGAAAUCAAGAUUAAUGACCUUCGGGACCAAAUUGAAACUAUCAAGGCUGAGAAAAUUCGACUGGAAAAGCAAAUUCAAGUUGAGUCCGAGGAACUUCAGGAGCAAUUACAAACCAAGGAACAAAAAAUCGAAUGCCUCGAAUGCGAGAAAAAUUCUAUAAAAGAAGAAUUGCACGACAAAAUGCUUGAGCUCAGUCAAUUAAAAGAAGCUUUCGAACAGGCGAGUGUGGAAUUUUGUAAUUCCGAUUCCAGCGAGGAUAAAGAAAAAUUGCGUCGUGAAUUAUAUUUGAAAAGUACAGAGUUACGUGAGAAAAAUGAUAAAAUUGAUAAUUUAGAAAAAGAAUUACAAGUUAAGACGCAAAAUUUACAGAAACUUGUCAAUACUGAACUAUGGAGUAAGAAUAAAGAAAUUGCCAAAUUACACAAUCAUAUGACGAGUUAUCAAAUUCAGGAUAAAUCACGAAGAAGUCUCGAUUUUUCAUUGGAAAGUGCCACUUCACAAUUGAGUGCUUUAAUCAAAGAACUUAACGAUAUUGGAAUUAGUGUAAAAUUCACUGACGAUGUGAUACAAUUGAAUUAUGUAAAUGGAAAUGAACCCAUCGAUGUAAAAAUUAUGACUGAAUAUAUAAAAAAGCUUGUGACGCAAAAGAAUGAAUUGGAGAAGGAAGUCGAUUAUUUGAAGUGGCUGAAAUUAAUUUCCAAGCCCGAUAUUGCAGCUGAAAUUGAUGGAUCCGGUUCUGAGACUGAACGAGUUAAGAAAUAUUGUGAAGUACUACGUAUGCAUCUCAAGGAUCUUGUGAAUUUUAUGAAGGAAACAUUAAAGAGUACCGAUCAUUCGGCAGCGAUUGAUGAUGAACAUAAAAAAAUCGUUCUUGACGUUCUUUUGAGUUCGAAAAUUCUCUCAGAUAAUUUUGCUCUCGCUUUGGAAGAGAAUUUAGUGAAGGGAGGAGCAAUUGAUAAAUAUGAUACACAGAAAGAGAAAAUUGAUGGUGUUGUGAGAAAAAGUAAAUCUGAAAAUAUUUUAAACCUUUUGAAAAAUCAAGGUUCCACACCUUCGGAUUCGGAAGCAUUUUCAGAACCCGAUCGCGCUGUUUCUUUGGCGAGAAUUGGAUUACAAGACACUCAGCAGAAAGCUUCUUUGUCAAGGCCGAAAUUCUCAAAGUACACAAAAACCUUCAGUGACUCGGAGGAUUCUUUAGAUUAUGUUCCUUAUCACAAAACUUAUCAAAAUGAUCUCAAUGAUUUAGAUACUGGUCAUCAUAUUCAGGAAUUAAAGGAAACUAAUAAUUUAUUAUUCACGGAACUUAGCGCUUUGAGGAGCGAUUUAAUUGCCAAAAUCUCGUUUGAUAGCACGAUCGACGAAAAAUUGGCGCCUCUAAUAACAAAAUUGGAAAAAUCGCAGAAAUUCUGUGAAAAUUUGCAAGAAUCUCUUGAAAAAAGAAUAAAUGAAUGUCAGAAUUUGAAGAGAGAAAAUAAACAAAACAGUCUCCGUAAAUCACAGUUGGAGAAAAAACUCACUGAAAUCGAAAAUAUGGCGAUGGAAUUAAAAAAUCAGAAAGCUGAAUUAUUACAAAAUAAGGAAAAUUCUGAAAGAAAAUCGUCAGACAUGAUUGUGACUCUCAAUAGAGAAAACGAUACGUUGAGAAUGAAGAUAAAGAGGCUAGAGGAAGAGAAUGAAGGGGCCAAGGUGACAAUUUCAAAUCUUACAAAAGAAUUGGAUCAUCUUACAUUAUUGCACAGUCAAAUUCUCGUUGAGAAUACAAAAUUGACAAAUGAAAAACUUCGCCUUGAGCAGGAAGUGAGAAAAUCAGAGAACAGGUACGAGACAACUGUUCGUAAUCUUCAGGAUAAAUUUAAUAAGGAAGCAACUGAUUUAAAUGAAAUCAAUGAAUCACAUAGAGUGAGAAUGCAGGAACUUGAAGCGGCUAAUAAAGAAUUAAGGCGACAUGUUGUUGUUUGUGAAACAAGUGAUUCCGCACCAAGUUCCAGUGGCGUAUCGUCAGUUCCAACUGAAAUUGCAUUGAAGCAGACCUGUGACGAUAUUAUUCAGGAAUAUCAUUCAUACAACGGCUCUCAAUAUUGGUUACCACUAAGUUAUCCGACGUCGAUUGGCCGUAGUAAAUCGAGCUGCUCUCCGGAUCUUGGAAUCGAGAGUGACGCGGCAAUGACUACCAUGAGGCCGUUGAAAGAUACACUAAAAAUUACUGAGUCCAUGACCAAUCUUCUUAGCGAUGAUGAAAACUGCAACAACAACCAAAGGUUACGAGACACAAGAAACGAAAGCCCGCUAGAAAUAGAAGGUGGGCAUAACUAUAGUCUGGACGAAAUGGAAACGUUGAAGCAGGAGAAUGAGGCCUUGAAAAGAAGAUUGAUGAAAACUCGAAAAGUCUUAGAAGAUACUUUCGAGCGUCUCUCAGCUUCGAAUAAGAGUAAGAAAAACGUCGAAAAAGCAAUAACGAAACAAUUGAUGAUGACAAAAACCAUUCUAAAGAAAACACGAAAUUAUGAAGAACCUUUCGAAAACUAAGAAAAAAAAGCUCAAAAUUUGCCUUAGAAGGUACGUGGUAUUUUUUUUUUUUUGUUUUCUAUUUUUUAUUGCUAUAUCGUUUUUGAAUCUUCAUUUCUUUUUUUUUCAAUUUAAAAAAAAAUUCCCCCCCAUUUACUACGUAUACAAUAUUUAUUAUUGUAGUCGUCAAUUUCUACGUGUACAAUAUUUAUUAUAUAUUGUAAUCGUCUUUAUACACAAAUAAGAAAGUAUUUUUUACUAUAUAAAUCGUCGACAAAAAAAGUGUUUUACUGCAAAUUAGAGAUUCUUCGUUUUUUUUUAUCUCUAAACUUUAGUGACGUAAAAUUUUGUAUUCUACGUUACUUGUACAUAAACACGUGUACAGAGUAAAUUUACGAGCGUAGAUUUUAACGUUUUUUUUUACCAAGUUUUACGACAAUUAAUAUUAGGUUUUAGUUUUUAAAAUAUUUUAAGUACAACGAUCGGAAUCGUAUUUUCCGAUUUGACAGAUUUGCAUACCUUUCUGUAUAUAAUUACUAUAUAUAUAUAUAUAAAUAUCAACGAAAUUGCAUCUGUAAAUACUCCACAAAAAUAAAAACGCCAUCGAUUGCCAUUUGAAAAUACGAACUUUUCUUGAAGAAAAUAUUUUUCGAUUGAAAUUUUAUUUUUUUUUCUAAUUUUUUUUUUUAAAUUCUAUUCAAAUUAAUUAUUUUAUUAUUUUUUGCUUAUUUAUAAUUUAAUUUUUAUUUUCAUUUUCAUUUUUACUAUUUAUUUUUUUCGUUUUUUAUUAUUGAUACUGUGUCAUUAGUAUUAAAAAAAUUAGAGUAUGUUUCCAGGUUUUCAGAUGGAAAAAAGGCAUCGAUAGUUUAUUUUUUUUAGGGGGGAUUGAAUGAGCGGAAAACUCUGAUUAUGAUAAAUCUUUAUUAUCACUUGAUGACUAGAUAAUAACAUAAAGAUCCGUAAUAACUGAUUUCUGUCACGUGUGACUUUGUUCCACUUAUAAUUUAUAAUAUUAUACAACCUUAACAUUCUCGUUCAAUCUGUCGUUUCAUUAUUUUUUGAAGAAAAUUUUUUUUUUUUUAAAUUAAAUUUUAGCACGUUCUUUAUUUUUUACUAGCUAAUAAUUGAAUUUUGAAAGAGUUGAAUAUUUUUUUACAUGGGAGAAUAGUUUUUUUUUUACAAAUUAUCCGCGAAUUACAAAUAUAGAAAAUAUAAUUAAAAAAUUACGAAUUAAAAAAGAAAAUUUACGAAUUGGGAAAAUUGUGCGUAAAUUGAAAAUUAUUUGCAAAUGAAAAUUGACGAUUUGAAAAGAAAAAAAAAUUCUUGAUUAUAAAUAAUAAUUCUACGAAUUGCGAUGAAAAGAAAGGAAAUUUUUUUUUGAUUUUAAUCGCAGUUGAUGAAGAUUAGAAAACAUUUCUUGUGCGCUGUAUUAUUGCGAGUCAAAAAUUCAUUAUAGAGAUCACACUAUGACAAUUUUCUCUUAGUAAUUAGUGAUAAUUAACAAAUGACAUAUGUAAUACAUCUUCGAAAUGAAUCUAUUCACAAAUUUUGUGUACUUGGAAACGAUUUUUUUUUUAAAUUUGCGGAAGAUUAUCAAAGCGCUUCAGUUUUAAAUUUAUUUCUUUUUUGUUUCCAAUUUUCUACGUUUGAUUAUUUUCAAGUUAGCUCAGAUAUUGAAAAUUACGUGAUAAUGAACGAAGUAUGCUGCGAUGUUUGACAGUCACGUGUAGAAUGAUAGAAUCUAAUUUGAAUUAUUUACAAUAUGGCAAUUCAAUUCCUACCUUUUUAAAAAGCGCAGUAGACAACGAUGACAUCGAGCCUCAGUCGAAUUAAGAAUGAAAAUUUUAUUAUAUUCACUAAAAUUAAUUAUUUAGGAUUUAGAUAAUAAUUUACUAUUCACUUUUGAAUUGUAAUUUUUACGAUUUUUUUUU